GGGCGAGGGACCGUCGGUGUUAGUACAAACGACAAAACUGCAGCCUAUCUCAAAUCUACUCUACGAUGAGUGGCGAGGAUGAAUUAAACGAGCUUCUCUGGAUUUAGAAACCACCAUUUCUCUGCACUGAUCUGGACUAAAUUGAAAAAACUGAACUGCAGACUGAGCAGAGCUCGAAAUUCACAACAUCCGCAUUAAGGAUGCACCAUACUAAUGCUGUCUCCUCCCAGAGCUGGAUUUAUACCCACACUAGCUAAUGGACUGCAAGUGAUUACUUGAAAUGUCAGAGUCUGCAUCAGGGACAGGAUGUCUAAAUGUGAGUUGAUUGAACUGAAGGACCUCAGUGCAAAUGAUACCAUUGAGCUGGCUGCUCCUGCGGCCCCAACGGCCCCGCCCUCUGUAAACCCAGGUCAGCCGAGCCAUGUGGUCCGUCUGGUCGGAGACAGUGUCAGCAUCGAGGCCCCCCGGGGUCAGAUGGGACGAGCUGGAGUGGGUCAUGACUUCCAUCCAUACAGUCACACCCAUCUCACCUGGUGUGACCAGUGUGGAGAAUUCAUCUGGGGCAUCUAUAAGCAAAGUUUACGCUGUGCCAACUGCAGUUACACUUGUCACCACCGCUGCCGACUAUUUAUCCAGCUGGACUGCAGCACAGAUGGAAGUUUGUUACCAGACGAGGAAGAUUUCUCUGUGGACUCCCUCGAAACAGAUACGAAUGUGGAUGAGCUGAUCGAUUCGGGUAAACAGGAGCUGACGCCCAGUGAGAUUCAACAUAAGAUUAAAGAGUAUAAUGCACAGAUCAACAGCAAUCUCUACAUGGUGGCUAAUAAAGAUGGGUCCUACACUGGAUUCAUCAAGGUCCACUUUCAGUUAGUCCGUCCUAUCUCCCUCCCUCCUGCUGAGAACUCGUGCUCAACACAGGAGGAAGAUCAGCAGGGCCGACGGAUGAAACGGCGGACAUCUUUCUACCUCCCUAAAGACACUGCCAAGCACCUGCAUAUAAGCUCCCAAACACGAGUGCGAGAAGUCAUCGAGGCACUACUCAACAAGUUUACUGUGGUGGACAACCCGGCCAAGUUUGCCCUGUUUGAACGCUCAGAGAGACAUAGUCAAGUGUACAUGCGUAAACUGCCUAAUGAUGAGCGCCCCCUCCACCUGCGCCUGUGUGCUGGCCCCAGUGAAAAGGUCUUGACCCUUAUAUUGAAGGAGAAUGAGACAGGGGAAGUAAAUUGGGAUGCAUUUAGUUUACCUGAGUUGUGCAACUUUCUGCGAAUCCUGAAGCGUGAAGAGGAAGAACAUGUGCGGCAGAUUGAGAGGCGCUACGCUCGCACUAGGGAAACCACGAAGCAGGCGAUGGAAAGGAUUACGACUCCUGGUUGACUGUGAAGGAUUGAACUAAUCUCCAUAUUUUAACAUGAAGAAGAACACUCUCCCACUUUAAAUAGUAUUGUGGAUUAUGAGGGUAAAAGGGAAAGCAAGAGCUCAGACAAUGACAUUGUUUUCAUUAAAUGCUGUUUAUGAAGGAGGGAUGCUGCUAGUAUGUGUACGCAUUGAGCCACUGUUGUGAACUGAAUGGGUGUAUAAUCGGUAAUCUUUGAGUGAAUACAGGUCUUUCUUGAAGAACCAUGCUACUUGUUUGGGUUAUUUAUAGUGGUAUUAAAACACACUUAUAGUAUAUUGUCCAUUUAUCAUGUGACCUUAUUUUCUGUGAAGCUGUUUUAAAAUGUUGGCACUUUAAUUAACCUGGGAAAUUAAUUUGGGCAAGAUAUAAUGUGAAACAAUUUGUUUACAUUCUAACUUUCCAAU